UCCCCUGGUGAUUAUUAUCAUUGGGCAAGUGUGGGUAAUGAUGACUUAAAUAUCACAAAACUCACUGUCCUACCUCAUUGAUAUAUUAUUUAGUUUGGUCAUGGUUAUGUGAUGUUGAACAUAAUAAGUUGAGCAUGUGGCUAAGAGCAAUGUGAGCCUGGAGAACAGUCUGCUGUAUUCUUGGUUGGUUACACUUGUUCAAACAUACUUCAGUGUGAGCCCAAGGACCUGGUGGUAAAAUUCUCAUGUAAGGGACCUAGUUUUAGUAUAACUGGGGGAAAACAAAAAAACCAAAAAAACUGCGUUGAAUUUAUUUUAUCUUUCCUAAAGAAUUUUCCAAGAGAAAUGAUGAUGUAAUGUGAUGAUUGUGGCUCCUCUCUGUUUUUAAAUGUUUCAGUUCUUAGCUUUGUUAAUUACCUCCUGACAGUCUGGGAACUAAAAGUGACCUUUGACAUUGUGUUAGAAAUUGAUUUCCAGAGAGUAAACUACAAAAAUACUUUUGGUCAAAGUCAAACAUUUGUUUUGGUAUUGUUAGUUUUAUUAAAGUCUUUAGAAAUUUUCUUUUGCUAAUGGUAGAAACCAGUAUUAAGUUAAAAAAGUAAAUAUAAGUUAAUGGUAAAUCCACAAAAUACUUUUUCAUAAAUCCUCAACUUUUAUUAUAAUAUUUUGGAUAUUUAACAUACUUGUGCUUGGGAAUUAGAAGUGCCUUUGUUCUGGCUUCAGUAAAAUUUUGAAGGGCUGGCUUAUAGUUAGGUUUCUUGGCUUGGUUUUAGAAGGUAGUCUUCUAGGAUUAUGUUUGCCUCUAAUGUAGGUAUGUGGUUGCUGGAGGAAGAGACUGCUGUCGUAACUGAGUCCUUAAUUCUGAACAGUUCCCUGCUUACUGGAGCCACUGAAAGGCUCCUCAUUGGUGAGAGGAGGCAUCGCCUUUUCUUUAAGAUGGAAUGUAGUUUAACUCAGCCACAAGAGAUGUUUGCCACUUGGUGUCUCCUUCCUGGUUCUACUGAGAGCGUGAGAGGUGUGCAUAGCCCCUCAUAGCUGUGGCUACAGCUCCAUCUGGCAGCACUAAAUAGCUGCGGAGACUGAGAGCUCCUGAACAGAGCAUGUCUGUGGUAGCCUCUGGGAGGACAUGUAUGCUCAGGACUCUAUAGAGCUACUAACAACAUCUGGUAUCCAGUUUAAAAAACACGAGGAGGAAGGAAUUGAGACCCAAUACUUUGCAGAACUUCUUAUGACUUCAGGAGUGGUUCUUUGUGAAGGGGUCAAAUGGUUAUCAUUUCAUAGUGGUUAUGACUUUGGCUAUUUAAUCAAAAUCCUGACCAACUCUAACUUGCCUGAAGAAGAACUUGAUUUCUUUGAGAUCCUUCGAUUAUUUUUUCCUGUCAUUUAUGAUGUGAAGUACCUCAUGAAGAGCUGCAAAAAUCUCAAAGGAGGAUUACAGGAAGUUGCUGAACAGUUAGAGCUGGAACGGAUAGGACCUCAGCACCAAGCAGGAUCUGAUUCAUUGCUUACAGGAAUGGCCUUUUUCAAAAUGAGAGAAAUGUUCUUUGAAGAUCAUAUUGAUGAUGCCAAAUACUGUGGUCAUUUAUAUGGCCUUGGUUCUGGUUCAUCCUAUGUACAGAAUGGCACAGGGAAUGCAUAUGAAGAGGAAGCCAACAAGCAGUCAUGACAUCCAAUAGUCUUUUUAUUUUCUUUUAUACGAAUUACACACAUGCUUGUACAUAGGUUUUAUCUCUGGUUGAAACCCUUAAAUGAUAGACAAUACCUCCCCUCCUUUUGUAGCCCUUAUUUUCUGCUUUCAGUACUAAGUAUGGCCUUUCUUAGCUGUGAUCUUAAUAAAUAAAAGUACAUUCAGGUUAAAUCUGGCCUUAAUUUAAUACACUUCUUAUCAAGCUUGUGUGACAAAGCUACAUUACUGAAUAAUUUGAUAAACUUUGCCUACUUGAUCUUGGUUUUGUUUCCCUUUUCCUAAAUUAACUAGCAUUGACUGUAAUUUAUUUCCCUGUUUCAUGCCUCUCCCUCUAUUCUGCAGUACUUAUAGGUAUUUAAGAUGUGGACCAUCAAGUUUGCACUUUAGAGAGUGAUUCCAAUCCUCUAUUUUAUCAGAAAUUGUGGUUUUUCUUGCUCUUAGCUGGAAAAAUGACCAUCGGCCGCCUUUUUACAGUAUUUGCUUGUUUUUGACAUUCAGAGUACAGCACAUGCAUUGUACAAAUUGUUGAUUCAGCAGGACUAAGAGAAAAAGACAAGGAACUACUGAAGAGCCUAGUAACUACUGUUUCUGUGUGUAGUGUUUAACCUUCCAAGCACAUCUCGGGUCUGUUGGUUUCUAAUUGGCAUGCAUAGGCUGCUCUGUGACUGAAGACUUGGAGAUCAGCUUUACACCCUUCAGGAAGAAGCCCUGUGAUUGGACGUUUACUAUCUGCCAGAAAGUUCAAGAUGGUGGAGCUCCAGUUGUAUUUUAUGACAGCAACGCCUCCCUUGGUUGGCUUCCUUUUACGCCAUCACUUUUACCCCUACUGUUUUAUUUUAUAAGUGUAUUUAUGAUGUUCUUGAUUUGUUGACUACACAAAUCAAUUUCAUUAAAGUCCAAAGAUAAGUCUUUAGGUACAUUUUAUAUCAAAUUAAAAAAGCAAAAAAAUGUGAUUUCAUAGAUGCUACAAAAAUAAAUAAUGGAGAGAUUUGGUGCAAAACAACAAAAUGCAAAAUAUGUAUAAAUACACACACAUAUAUAUAGCUAAUAAAUUACCUGAGGAGUGUAAUGCUUGUUUAUUUUUUGUGUAUAUCUUUGCAAUCUAUUUUAUAUAUAUUGACAAGAGACUAUGAAAUAUUUAGCCAUGCAGAAUAUGUGACCAGACCAGAGCAUGUGUUGGAAGAUUUUGGUGAUCAUUAACUCAACCCUGAAGUGAUGGACUACAAGUUGUAAUGUGUGUUAGCUACACUUCAGUCAGUAAUAUCAGCAAGUUUCCAAAUGUUAGCAACAUAGUUCAUUUCCCUUGUACAUUCGAUAUUCAUGAUACUAAAAUGCUGGAACUGGGCGGUCCUUUUUAAACUAAACAUUAUUUGCAAACAAAGGGUAUUAUUUGUUUUUAAAGCUUUUGUAAAUAAAGGCUUCAGAAAUGGUUUCUUA